AUGGAGAAGGCAUUUAAGGUAAUGACCCUCACUGAAGAACAAAAACUGAUGUGUGCCGACUACCAACUACAAAAUGAGGCAAAUGCAUUGUGGAAGUCCACUAAACCCAUCCUAGUGGCCCUACAGCCCAACCUCAAACGGGAACACUUUAAAGUGGCAUUUUAUAACAACUACUUCCCAGAUAGUGUGAGGGAGAGGAAGGAAACAGAGUUCAUAGAGCUGAAACAAGGGUCCAACUCUGUAUUGGAAUAUCAACAAGAUUUUGAGAAGUUGUUCUUCUUCGCACUUGAGCAUUUGAAGGGGGAUCAGGCAAAUGCGAAGAGAUUUGAGAAAGGGUUAAGACCUGCUAUAGGGGCUGUGUUAGUGGAUCAGUACCUCCACAGUUAUGCCCAGGUGGUUCAGGCUGCCAAAUCCAUUAAGGACAAACAAAGAGAGAACUAUCAUGCCAUACAGGGGAAGAGGACAAUGACACCUAGCAGGUUUGGGAAGGGGACAUAUUCUGGUGGAGCCUCAGGAAAUCCUUUGGAAACUGUGAUCGAGGUUCCGACUCUCCACAGAGAUGACCUCUGGAAUGAUGAGCUGGUUGUGCAUGAGGAUGGAUGCGUGUGCGAUGAUUGUGCAUUUGGAGCAUACUGA